UAUACUUACUUUGAGAAUUAAACCGAGGUCGGGGUAGUAUGUACCAUAUAUAUAUUCAUAAUUAUCCAGAGACUGUAGAAAUUGCGUCUUAACUAUGUCACUCGUAAGCAGGUUCUCUCUUUUUUUUCUUCUUUUUUUUAAUAUAAAACACAAUAUAUAUAAAAUUCGUAUGAUAUGCGAAGUAUUUCUACCAGGAAGCCGCCACUAAACACGAUUACAUCAGCGUGCUACCAGACACACGUGUGCGUGUAGUAGAGUCUGUGUAAAUCGGUACAGGGGCUGUUUAAAGAUCGGAAAUCGGAGUAGCGUGCCACGUGUUAAACGUCUCAGGAACGGCUCAGGGAUCGGGAGGGAGUAAAGAUUGUAAGAAAAACCUGUGUCUUUAGAACAUGUUGUUGGACGGGAGGUCAGUGAUUUUGGUCGUGUGUUUAGUGGUGGUAUGCAGUGAUGAUGUAGCUACAGAGGAGCUGGGUCCUAUGGUAACGGACAAGGUGUAUUUUGACAUACGCAUGGGGAAUGAAGACAUUGGGCGCAUGGUGAUUGGUUUGUUUGGAGAUGUAGUCCCUAAAACGGUCCUGAACUUUAAAACCUUAGCUGAAGGGACGGCGGUACGUGAUGGAAAAAAAUUAACAUAUGAGGGGGUCCGGUUUCAUCGUAUUAUUAAAAACUUCAUCGUACAAGGAGGGGACAUAACCCAGGGAAAUGGAUAUGGAGGGAGAAGUAUAUUUGAAAAAGCCAGAUUUCCGGAUGAAAAUUUUCACCUAGAACACUACGGAGCUGGGUGGAUAAACAUGGCACAUCAUGGCAAGGACACAAAUUCUUCACAGUUUGCUAUUUUUUCUGUCCCGGCGCCAUGGUUGGAUGGGAAGCAUGUGGUCUUUGGUAAAGUCCUUGCAGGAAUGGAUAUUUUUCGGAAGAUGGAGGAUGCCCGUACAGAUUCUAAUGACCGACCCCUGGUGGACAUAAUUAUCGCUAGGUGCGGAUCACUCCCUGUCGAUAAACCAUUUCGAGUGGAUUUGAAGCCAAGUCCCGAGUGAGGAACGCCACUUAGUGUUUUUUUAUUAACAUUAAAGCGCCUCGAUCUGACAACAGGCCUGGGUUUACAUGUAUAAUUACUGUGUGUCAUGGCGGGACUUUAAAAUGAGAUGAAUUGGUAGUUCCACAGCAGAAUUCUGUCAGACAGAAAAUGGUUGUUACUGUGAUGAACAGCAGACCUGUGUAACAACCAAAACUAUGGAAGGGAAAGAACGGUAGUGUCAUGGAUUGUGGAAAAUACAAAAACAUAAAAUGUCGAUACCAAAGAGAGUCUUCAAUAAAGUGAUUUUGAGAUGACUAUUGAUUUGUAACAUUCUUUUCAUGCAUUGAUAUUACAGAAUUAUCCUAUU